AAAAAAGCUUGGGGAAUCAUGGGUUCCUCCCACUCCAAUCCAACUAAAAUCCGUCCUUGCUCAGCACGCAUGUUUGCUCCCACAAUCAUCACUCCUUUACCCGCGCAUAGCCCUUAGUGCCAUGCUUGUGCUCGCCAUCUUGAAAUUGGUGCUUGUGUUCGAGACUCUGUCCGCCACCUUGCAGUCACCAAAACCUAUCAUU